UGAAAUUCAGUCAUUUUAUGAACGUGUCGCUGAACGUCUAUUACAUUUGAAUUUAAAUCUGGCAAUUGAAAAUGAAACAAAUCUUGAUUCUCGCUGCAAGUGCAUUGCUGUUGAUACAGCUCGUUAACGCUUUACCUCACACAAAACGAGAGUCCGUCGCAGUUGCUGCACGUGACAACCCCAUCUCCCAGGAUGCCUCAUCUGCCUCAUCCGAAGAAUUAUCCGAAGAAUCAUCUGAAGAAGACGAUCCCAAGCUAAAACUUGUGGCUUUCACUUUUGGCGGAAUGGCUGUAAUAGCCCAAUGGACACUCGAUAAAGGUAGCGAAGUGCUUAAGAAUGCCGUGAAGGAAUUAAAUGAAAUUCCCGACAAAGACGAGCUGUUGCAAGCGAAUAUUACUCGUAUGUCUCGCAUUGCAAAUGAAAAUCCUCAGCUUACUAAGGAAGAGGACUCGGAAUACAUUUUAAAAUUAUUUGAAUACUUGAUUGAUUUUUCAACAUUGAUGGAUGACUAUGAGCAAAUGCCAGAUGAUUCGAAAUUAAAAAUUGCAUUGAAGACAGCUUUAGAAAGCAAUGGUUUCAAUGAGUUUGAUAGUGAAUUUAAAAAUAAAAUCUUCGAAUUUGCUAAAAGUAUGGAGCGUGUUUUUGGCGAAUAUAUCAAAGAGAUGACGCCCGCUGAAAAAUCAAAGUAUUCCAAAUUAAUUCAGUGGUACGAUGAAUUCAAGGCCGAAACUGAUAAGGAUAAGAAACUUGAUAAACUAGGCGAAUUCUUUGAUCUCAUCUGAUUUAUUCUGGAUUACGUAAAUAAAGAGCAUUGUUGAAUAUCGAAAAA